ACGCUGACGCCGGGGAGCUGAGCAAACCAAAAACUUGAUCACACACCUGGAACAUUUUACAGAGCAAGAGAACACAAAGUUUAAAACAUCUGAGACCCGCUGACGCCAGUAUGGAAGUAUCAAGAAAAAGGAUCCUACUGAGGCACCUGGAGCCGGCGAGGCCCCUGCGUCGCUGUGUCCCUGCCAGUGUUGGUCCUCAAACAAAGGCUGCGGCAGGUGACCAGCCCCUGAUGGAGGGGGAACUGACUACUGUUGGUUUAGAGCAGUUCCUCAAGAUUCUCAACCUCCAUAAACAGAAGAAAGAGAGAAUAUCUUAUACAAGGGACUUUUUGAUUGCUUUGGCCGGCUGCCCUGACGCCAAGAAGAGGCCAGAAUACCUCCCAGACCACCCCAUUGUGUUACCCAAGGCAAGGGAUCCAGGGCAACAAGAGCUGAGGGAAACGCAGUGGAAAGAAGUAACAGAGGACGUAUGAGGUGGCAGAAAGGCUUUCCAAGUCUUCAGAAACUUGUUUUCCACAAAUGGGAUUUGCACUGUAGUUUGUUGCUUUACUUUAAUUUAUUUUAACCCAUAACACUAUUUGAAUGUGUGCUUUGCAUGUUACUUUGAGCUUUGUUUUUGCUGUGAUUUUUUUCUCCAUAUUGUGUGUUUAAAAUAUGCUCUAAACAGCAAGCCAAAAGUGCCUUUUUUUUCUGACCUAAUGUGUGACCUAAGUGUGACUUUUUAACUUAGUGUAAAUCAAGCAGUAAAUCCUGUUUAUAUUAAUUCACUGCCUAUGUCUCUGUUGGAUGCAUGCAAAAGAUGUCAUGGCAAUAAACAAAAAAAACCCCAAAAAAUCACCAUAAAUGUGCAGCAGCUUGUGUUUUUCAUGUCUUGCUUUCGUAAAGAACAGAAGUGUCAGUUUUCAUUAUAUGUGCAUGUUUACCAUUUUGUGUGCAUGAAAGCUUUUCCUAUUAGCUUUUGAAGUUUUAAUGGUCUCUGAUAGUUCUCUGAUCAUUGUUUGGUCUCUAAUAUUGGCUCUGGAGCAAGUCUGUUAAAUCACUUACCUUUCAAGGAUAGCGUUUAAUGAAGGAUAGCGUUUAAUUUUAGUCGUCAUUACCAAUUCUCGUCGGAAUACACUGGAAACUGUGAUUACAGGAUGUUUAUUCAGCUGUUUCCUUUUAGCGUGAGAAAAAUAAACUUUUAUGCUAAAAAAAAAUCUAGUGGUAAAAGGUUAAACUAUCUUGCCUUGCUAACAUACUCUCAUAUCUUUACAUCCACUGUAUCUACUGUAUACUUAUUAUACUUUUUUCUCCAUCUUAGGAUUUUUGUUCAAUUUCUAAAUUUUUUGUUUAUAAAAGUUACAUUUUAUU